GCAAGAUGCGAAUCACCCUAGCGGCCACCACCCGCCAGUCAUGACGGAAUGACGAUCACUUCGAAUCUUUGAUUGCCGUCACAACAUGACUCCAAACUUGUAUGGCGGUAUGGCCUGAUUAUAUCCUCAGCAGUGCAGGUAAUUCAUGAGGUGGUGUGACUUUCGGUCGCGAAUCUGAAGACACGUUCGGCCCGAGCAUGCCGACAACAAUAGGAUGCACACCCCGAGCAUGUGGAAGGCGCAGACCACCAGGAUGACGGCAUAUCUCCUAAGUCAUGGAUUUCAAGGCAUGCCCUCAAUGGCAUCGGUAUCAUCAUUGACAUGACUGCUGCAUGCCUCUCUAUCGCUACACUAACCAACCAUGGCUCAAAUCACUCCCUUUCCGUCGGCACCUGCGCCAUGGAAGCUUCGAUCCGAAUCGUAUCUGUUGAUGGUACGAUUACCCAAGACGUUGCCAGAUGGCAUAUAUGACCCUCUGGAAGCAUCCUCCGAAGCAUUCUCCGAUCCAGCCCGAUCAGGAAAACACCGGGGAGGUUUGGGGGCUAUCCUCAUCGUGCGAUAUACCGAGACUCCAGUCGGCCCAUACGACGAGCUCAUGAUCGUGCCUGGAAGUUACCAGGUCCCGGGUCACGGCAGUAAACGAAGGAUCGCCCGCAUCUAUGUGAACCAGAAGGAGACCACAUACAAUGGUCGCACCAACUGGAAUAUCCCCAAACAUCUCGCCCGCUUCGCCUUCUCCGCUCCCGCGACCAAGACCGGCUCGAAACCUCCGGAGUCUUUGCAUGUCGCAGUGUUUCCUCCAUCGGAAUCUGCAACGGAGUCGUUCUUCUCCGUGACCCUAAAGCCCUUCCGGCGCUUUCCCGCCGUACCCUUUUCGAGUCGAUACCUCCCGGUCUCCAUAUCGCUCACCCAACCUCCCAUCCCCAGUGGCGAAGCGGACUACCUUGUUGGCACGGAUACCUGGGCCGAGUACGGUAUUGGAAGCUCGACCGGUCGUACGCGUGGUGCUUGGGUCGAGGUUCAUCCACCUGCGGAUGACCAGGCAAACCGUGAGGCGACGAAAUGGUGGCCCACCAGCGUGAAGCCCGUGGCGUUCGGUGUCUGGAUGGAAAACGUGACCGUCGAUAUCGGGGAAGCGACGCGCUGGAAACCAUGAGCAUGGCAGACUUCCUAUUCUCACUUGCGAUACACCCUGGAGCCCUGGAAUACCCAGUCUAACCCUUCAUCUACUCACUUUUCCAAUUACCCAAGGUACUGCAUGUGACCUUGAGGGGUAAGGUCAUAGGAAGUGGGUCAGGCCCUUGUAGAAGAUCGGAGCUUUGUGUUCGUAUAGUCAGUCGCUCAAUCCACUCUAUAAUUCGGUUCCUUUAUCAUCCCAACCCAGAGCGGUGCAUAGAUGCGGUGAAGUACCGACCUAGCAACCAGUCGAAGAGAAUGCCAGAAAUUACUCGCCAUACAGAGAGGAACGGUGGACAGAUGCUUGAACUUCAGGCGUCGCUGAGUUUGACUCUUCUUUAAAUCGGUUGACGAAAAAAAGCUCCCGAUC